AUAAAAAUUUUAGGCUCCAAAAUCGGUCUCUCUCUCACAGAACAAGGGAUAACCAAAUAAUGUGGAAGAACUUGAAGAGGUCAGUCAGCUCCUUCCUUGACCCAAACAUUUCAACAGUAAAAAAGAAGCUAAACAAGCAAGAGAAGGUGCAAAAAUCUACAACCAAAAUGCAUAGCAACGAAGAUGAUUCUAUCCGCAAUCUAUUAGCAGACCUUAGGCCAUCUCUUCCCGAAAUCUCAACCAAACAAAGCCUCCAGGACACCGAAAUGAUCCAGCAUUCCAGCAGGAUGAGCUUUUUGAAAUAAUAUCGAACAAAAAGUGCAGAAAUAUACAAAACGAAUUCCUCAUGGUGAUACUUUUGACUCCUUACAAAAUAUUUCCAAAAUCAUAGACAAUGCUACAGAGAAGUUGCCUUCAAAUAUCAUUGACUACAAAAGUAUGUCUCUGAACGAGCCGUCUUUCCUCAGUAAAGUGAAGGACAACACGCUUCUUGCGCUAGAGAAGGACAUCACUAGGACCAGUAAUGCCAACAUCAGUAAAGCCGGGCAACAGAUGGGUACUAUAACCCUAGAGAACCAAGUAAAAGUUCUUCGGGAGGCUCUGACCCAGAGCAAGAGGUAUUGAAAGCAGAUAGACAUGAAGUACCGAUCUCUCUCAAAGCAGCAUAGACUUCUAAAGCAGAAGCUGAAAGUGAAGGACAAGCAGAUUGCCUUCUACCAGUCAUCCCAGAAACAGCUAUUUCCUAAGUAAUUCAACCUGGCAGA